AUGUCCGAACCAAUCCCAGAAUCCAUCCCUACAAGUCAAGACCCACGAAGCAAGCGGCCACUAAAGAGACGCGCCCUAACCCCGGUCUCCGAACAAGCCACCCUAAUCCAAACCCUCUUCAAAGACCCCACGAAAGAAGUCCACAUCCCCGCCCCGUCCAAACCCCGCACAAGCGCUACUCUACCACCUCCUCCAGAAAUUGUCGCUAAUGUCCAAGGCUCCUCGGCCGGUGCGGGCUCGGGCGAGUUCCACGUUUACAAAGCUAGUCGGAGAAGGGAGUACGAGCGUCUAAGGCUCAUGGAGAUUGAGUUGAAGAAGGAGCAGGCGGAUGAGAUGUUUGAGCGGAAGAGGGAGGAGGCUAGGCGGAAGGAUGAGGAGAAGACGGAGAAGAAUCGAAGAAAGAGGGAAAAGAAGAAGAAGGCUAAGGAGAAGGCGGAGGCGGAGGCGGGGCCGGGGGUUUCGGGUGCUGCUGGGGAUGUUAAAAUGGGGGAUGUGGGGAGGGCAAACAGGGAGGAUGGGAAUAUGGUACCGGUGGUGGAGGUGGCGGCAGUUGGAAAUAGAGAAGAAUUAGGUGUCAUAAUUCAUGAUGAGGAUUGA